CACAAAGUAGGUGGCUUGCUUUAAAAAUCUUAAAAGAGAAUUUACUGAAUUCUUACACUAAAAUAUUCCAAUUAGGGAAGGAUAGGAGACUGAUGAUUGACGAUCAAGAAACCAAAAGCAUUUUCCACAGCAUUUUUUAUUAAAAAAAUAUUUUUGGUGUUGUGGAUUGAACCCACUGAGUCAGCUACAACUUCUAUUCUUCAGGGAUUUUUUUUUUCUUUCCAGUUAGGUUCUCACUACAUGCCCCAGACUUGCAGGUUGGUGUCAAACUCAAGAUCCUCUUGCCUCAGCCUCCAGAAUACUGGGAUUACAGGCAUCAAAACUGAAAAAAAUGAAUCCAUCUUCAUUCAUUUAUACCACUUUUUGAUGGUCAUGGCAUAAAUAACUUUAUCUGAGGAAUACAACUUUGCAUUAGUAUUAAACAAGAUUUGUGAUGAAAUGGAGCCUGGAACAAACUCUUUUCGAGUCGAAUUUCCUGAUUUUUCCAGCACCAUUCUGCAGAAACUGAACCAGCAACGCCAGCAAGGACAAUUAUGUGACGUCUCCAUUGUUGUUCAAGGCCACAUUUUCCGGGCACACAAAGCUGUUCUUGCUGCCAGUUCACCCUACUUUUGUGAUCAAGUACUCCUGAAAAACAGUAGGAGAAUUGUGUUGCCUGAUGUGAUGAACCCAAGAGUGUUUGAGAACAUUCUCCUAUCUAGCUACACAGGACGCCUGGUCAUGCCUGCCCCAGAAAUCGUUAGUUACUUAACAGCAGCCAGCUUCCUCCAGAUGUGGCAUGUAGUGGACAAAUGCACAGAGGUUUUAGAGGGAAACCCUACAGUCCUUUGUCAGAAACUAAAUCAUGGCAGUGACCACCAGUCUCCAAGCAGCAGUAGUUAUAACGGUCUAGUAGAGAGUUUUGAGCUGGGCUCUGGGAGCCAUACUGAUUUUCCCAAAGCCCAGGAACUGAGGGAUGGUGAGAAUGAAGAGGAGAGCACCAAAGAUGAACUGUCAUCUCAGAUCACCGAGCAUGAAUACCUUCCUAGCAACUCAUCCACCGAGCACGACCGGCUGAGCACUGAAAUGGCAAGCCAGGAUGGGGAGGAGGGAGCCAGCGACAGUGCUGAGUUCCACUACACUCGGCCCAUGUACAGCAAGCCCAGCAUAAUGGCUCACAAGCGCUGGAUCCACGUGAAGCCUGAGCGCUUGGAACAGGCUUGUGAGGGCAUGGAUGUGCAUGCAGCCUAUGAUGAGCACCAGGUCACUGAGUCCAUCAAUGCCAUGCAGACCGAGCACUCAGUCCAGCCUUCAGGAGUGGAGGAGGAUUUUCAUAUUGGGGAAAAGAAAGUUGAGGCAGAGUUUGAUGAGCAGGCCGAUGAGAGCAACUAUGAUGAGCAGGUGGAUUUCUACGGCUCUUCCAUGGAGGAGUUUUCUGGAGAGAGGUCAGAUGGGAAUCUGAUGGGGCACAGACAAGAGGCUGCCCUCACAGCAGGCUACAGUGAGAAUAUUGAAAUGGUAACUGGGAUUAAAGAAGAAGCUUCCCAUUUAGGAUUCUCAACCACAGACAAGCUGUAUCCGUGUCAGUGUGGGAAAAGUUUCACCCACAAGAGUCAGAGAGAUCGACACAUGAGCAUGCACCUCGGUCUUCGGCCUUAUGGCUGUGGUGUUUGUGGUAAGAAAUUCAAAAUGAAACACCAUCUCGUGGGCCACAUGAAAAUUCAUACAGGCAUAAAGCCCUAUGAGUGUAAUAUCUGUGCAAAGAGAUUUAUGUGGAGAGACAGUUUCCACAGGCAUGUGACUUCUUGUACCAAGUCCUAUGAAGCUGCAAAGGCUGAGCAGAAUACAACUGAGGCUAACUAAAAAUAGGGGCUGGCCCUUGAGUGGCAUGCACAGAAAUAAACUAUGGUAAUUAAUGCAAAUCUGGGCACAGAUGAUGCGUGCUACUUGCUAUUAUGAGAAAAGCUUAAAAAAAAAAAAAGAAGAUAUUUCUGAAAGACCAGUUCUAAGUAGGCCAAUUAAAAAAAUCUAAUUCGUUGGAUUGGUAUGUUCCAGUUCUGGCCUGGAUUGGGUAAGAGGAAUAAGUUCAUCCGCUUCCCAGCUGGCAAGGGAAACCUUCAAGCCAGUUGUGAUUGAGGCAGGUGGACUUGGGGAAAGAGACUUUUGCAUUUGGAACUGGACUUCAGCCUACCAGUUCCAUCUCAGGUGGCAGCGAUUUUUGACCAUAUCACAAGGUCAUGUUAAAGUUUUAUUUUGCUCUUACUUAGGUAAUGUGGAUUUGUUUUGGUAGCUGCUUCACUGAAUGAAAUGCUACUUAUGUAAAAGCUUCAAAUGUAAUUCCUAGGAUGAGAAAUUGGUUAACAGAGCAAUCUUGUCUGGUGUUAUUCUUUCUAAAGGAUACUUUAGGACUGGGGAGGCCCUAGGAGGGUGACAUUCAAGGGUUGAAACCAAUAACCCAUGAGACAAGUUUCAAUUUCUGUAACAUGCCGCUGUCACAAUGUUUCAAACUUUAGUAUUUUAGUACUACUUUAGGUGAAUUUGAACUCAUAUCUAAUAAUUGUCUAGGGCUCCAGAGUUAGGUCUUUCUUGUUACCCUUUGCCUAGUUCUAUCUAAUUGUAAUAUCCACACAUGUCCAUUCCAGCUAGGAGACUUCUGACCACAGUAUGGAGGAGUGCACCAGCUGUUGCUCUUGAAAUCAUGGUGCUUCCCAGCAAGGGCACCCAUGAUCACAGUUCAUGGGAUGGAGCUGGAGUUAAGCAAGUGCCAUAUUAACCCUCACUGUCAGAGUGAAAGUUGGGGAGAAGCAGGCAGAAUCUUUUAAGUGUCAGGUUAUACUCAAAGCAUAUGGCCCAAGAAAGAAGUCUUGAGGAAUACACUGGUAGAGGAAUGCUCUUACAGAGGAAAGAGUACAGUGAGCUAAUACUGUCGGUUUUUUAUGAGUGCUAGGGAGUGCUAUGUGUUUAAGGAAGAGAAGGGCUGGGCAUGGCUCAGGCCUGUAACUCUAGCUACUAGGAGGAUUGCAGUUCUAGGCCAGUCUGGGCAAAAAGUUUGCAAGACCCCCAGCUCAACAAUAAAAAAGCUAGUCAUAGUGGUUCACACCUGUCAUCCCACCUAGAUGGGAAGUAUAAACAAGGAAUUACAAUUCAGGCUGGCCCAGCCCUAUCUGAAAAAAUAACUAAAGCAAAAAGGACUGGGGCAUGACUCAGUGGGUCUACCUACUGAGUGGCAAGCCCUGUGUUCACACCCUUAUACCACUGAUUAAAGGCUGAGGAAGAAGUCCUAAUUUUAGCAAAAUAGUCUUACAGAUUCAUGCUCUCCCAAGUUAUGGAUGAAGCUGCAUAAAUUUACAAGUCUGCACAUAGCUAUAUCUAGCAAACAAUAAGCUGAGCUGCUAGUCUAAGGCCUUUUCUGCUGAUCAUCAGUUGUUUUAGGGUCAACAGAAGGCAUGUAUCCAGAAUGCCGUUCAGCUGUGUGGCAUGUCUGAGGUUACCAGGGUAGGACAGGGUGCUAUUGUUUUGUCAUCUUUCUAGAGACAUACUGCUCUAUUACUUUAAGUAGAAAUUUGUUUUUCUUCAAAUAAAAAUUAGUUUUUCUUGGACUUGGGGUGAAAUUGUUUUAAAAGUUUUGCUUUGCUCUAAUGUGAUAGACAUUACUGGCAAUGGCCUCUGAUCUUCAAGCUCCCCACACCCAGGGUUUCCCUGUUGAACAUUGUCUGGAAAGUGGGGAGUAACUACCACUUAGCUCUUGCAAUCACGAUUACAAAACAUUACAAAACAGGGAUCUACUCACUAACACUGUAUCAGUCUAUAUAAAAAGCACUUUGUAUUUAAAACUUUAUUAUAAAUAUAGUUUUUUUUAAUUUAGAAACUAGAUAUUACCUCUUGGUUGUUUGUCACAUGAAUACCAUCUUCUCUUAAUGUUGAAACUUUGGCACUGGACAGUCCUUUCUCGGACGUGCAUGGAGGUGGCUGCUAGACAGUCAUGUUAGAGACCAGUGGUAUGGUGUGUAUAACAUAUAUUAGCCACUGCAGUGAGGAGAACUUGCUUUAUUACUCCUACUAAUUUCCAUAGUAAGGCACUGAAGCCAUUUGUUCUAUCCAGAGCUGGUCACUACUCCCAUGCUAUCAGCAAAACUUUUUUUUUUUUUUUUUGCCUGUUGGAAAGGUUCAGUGUGAUGUUUUCUAUUAAAGGUUUCUAUUUAAAUGAACACUAGGAUAUUAGGGUGGAAUCUGAAUGGUAAAAUUUAAAUCUGGGGAAACCGUAGUCUUUCAGGCUGAAUCAGCAAUCUUGCCCUGAGUGGUGAUGAAGAGCUUUUGUUCAGCCAGGAGUGUGGUCAUCCCCUAGGGGCCAGCUCUGCUGGGACUUAUCUAUGUGUUUGAAGAGAGUAGUAUCUUACUGAAUUCCUUCUGUGGACAUCAGCUGCUAAAUGUAGAACUUACACAAGUUCUUCAUAUCUGCCCCUUUUUGUAAUAGGGUUUUAGUAAAACCUGGGGCUGCUUAUUAGGUCAGCUAAAGCCUGUAAGAUAGUUGAGUGUCUUGAGAUACUGGCUGUGUUCAGGAGGAAGGAGAAAGGACAGCCUUGGACUGGAUGUUAAACAGUGAAUGUUUGUAAGAUGCUUUUAUUAGGUUAGAAGACCACUGUAGUGACAGUCUCUUCCCUUAGCCUCAGCACAGCUUUAGAAAAUCUUCAACCUUCCAGAUGAGUUUGGAUAGUUGUGGGUGGCAUUUUCCAAGCCAUCUUUCAAGGAUCAUUUCCAUGUGUGUGUAACCAAGGUAUUUGUCCCCUGCUUUGAGUCUUAACUGGUUUUCCUCCAUCUUGGUAGGAAAAGGCUUCAGCCACCACUGGUGGCAUUUGGCAUUCUGUGUAGACCAUGCCUUUUUGUUUGGAUGCACAGAUCACAGCAAUACUUGGUCCAACAAGGAAGGAAUGAGGUGGUUGGUCCUCAUGUGCUGAGAGCUGUCUCAGACUCUUCUGAGCGCUGGCCUGUCAGUUUCUAGGUUUCAACUUCCUCCAGCUUAUUUUGGCCUCUGUUUUUAAAGAUAUCUCCAAAGGUCCCUUUCCUUACAGGAGUAUUUGUUGCUGAGCAGGGUCUGGCUAUUUGGCAAGCUGUGGCCCCAGCAGCUCUGUUCUGCAGAGGGAGGCAGAACCUGAACUGGUAGGGGAAGGAAGUUGAGUUCAAGAGGGAGAAGUCUGUCUUCCCUAGGGAGGUGCUGCAGCCCCACAUAGUUUGAGAAGGGUACGUCUACCACACGAUCCAGGAGUUUGCUCUCUGGUACUUUAGGGAUACUGGAAGAAACCAAGAGAUGCAUUACCCUAACCCCCUUCUGUGCCACUAAUUUUUGUGAUUUUAGGUUGCAUUCAUGGGUAACUAAAUUGAUCCAGAUAAACCAGGGUUUGUUUUUGUUUUCAGUUUUUUGCUACUUAAAGGUACAUGUUUCUUAUCUCAAUCUCUACUGAUAAUGCCCUAUGGGAAGAUGCUGGAACACAUUUUGCAAAUGUGACUUUUGUUUUGUUUUGUUUUAAUUUUGCUUGAAGCCUGUGUCAUGUCAGUUGCUGCUGCUGCCUUCUUACUUUUGAUGAGGUUCCCAAUGUUUCUCCCAGAAAGUUACUUUAUUUAUGCAAGUCAGGUGACUUAGGCCACAAAACCAUUUGAUGAUAAACAGGUUAUCAUUAGGUGCAUAUCUUAUUGACAUUUUGUGAAAUGUUAUGCCUGUAUUGCAAAAGUUGAAUAGUUUUGUCUUUAUAUAAUUGCUGUCUUCAGUGUACAGCAUGGUUUUACUUAAUUGAAUGUUACUGUUUAAUAUUUUCUUCUUAUAGAAGAGACCAUGCCCUUUUGUAUGACACGUUUUAAUAAAUGUUAUCUGUCAA